AUGACGGUCAACAAACCUGAGCCACGUCUCAUCAUUAUUGGUGCUGGAAUCGCCGGUAUCGCGCUCGCAUCGCGCGUAAGAUUCGAGCUCGGUUACCAAAACUUUACCAUUUUUGAGCGGGAGAGUGAUAUAGGCGGGACAUGGCACUUAAACACUUACCCAGGGGUUGGUUGCGACGUUGACUCCCACCUUUACUCAUUCUCCUUCAAUCCAAACCCGAACUGGUCACAGCGAUUUGCGGAACAGCCCGAAAUUCUGCAAUACUUACACAAUACCGCUGAAAAGUUUGGGGUCCGACCUCACGUCCAGCUGCGCACUGAAGUUGUCGAGGCGACUUGGAUUGCUGAGAAGAAUGUCUGGCGUGUCGACCUCAAGGACAUGGAGAAUGGACACAAAUACACCUGUGAGGCAGAGAUGCUCGUGUCUUGUGUGGGCACCAUCUCCAUACCCAAAGAUUGCAAUAUUCCCAACCAUGAAGUCUACAAGGGGGCUUUAUUCCACUCCGCUCGGUGGGAUCACUCGUUCGAUUACGAGGGAAAGCAUGUCGCUAUUGUCGGCAACGGCUGCUCCGGCGCACAGCUGAUGCCUCGCGUUGCCGAGAAAGCUAGCAAAGUUAUUCAGUUUCAACGGUCUCCUCAAUGGCUCAAUGACCGGCCCAAUCCCAAGAUAUCUGAGUUUCGCAAGUUUUGCUUCCGCUAUGUGCCCCUCUAUGGAAGGCUAUAUCGCUACUGGCUUUGGAGGUCCACGGAUAUGCUUCACGGACUGUACAUCACAGGCGACAUUUCUUUGGAACGCCAGCGUGCUGAGCACCAGGCAAUAGCUGAGCGUUACAUGAGGGAAACCGCACCGAAAAGGUAUCACGACAUUCUCAUCCCAACUUUCCCCCUUGGCUGUAAGCGUCGCGUGUUCGAUCCAGGUUACCUUGCAGCUCUGCACCGUUCCAACGUGGAGCUGACUACGGAGCGUAUCGUCGAGUUCACGCCCACCGGUUUAAGAACGUCCAAGCGCGAUAUCGACGUGGAUGGAGUGGUUCUAAGCACUGGUUUCAAGAUUCAAGAAUUUCUAUCCCCAAUCCAGGUCAUCGGGACAGAGAAAUCUCUGAACGAGCAUUGGAAGGACACUCGCGGCGCUCAGGCGUACAAGGCCACUUUUGUACAUGGGUUUCCCAAUUUCGGCAUUGUGUUUGGCCCUAAUGCUUUUCCGGCACACAACUCUGUUAUCUACACCAACGAAACCCAAGCCGAGUACAUCAUCAAGGCCCUCAUCAAGCCUGUACUGCAAGGUCAUUUCUCCGUCAUGGAUGUCAAGCAAGCAGCCGAAACCUAUCACUCUAACCAUGUCCAAAAAAGGCUAGAGAACAUGGUUUGGAACGAGGGCUGCGCGAACUGGAACCUCAACUCGGCAGGCCGCAACACGACAAAUUAUCACGAUCCGACCUGGAAGUUCUGGUGGGACUUAUAUUGGCCUGUGUGGAGCGAUUUUAAUUUAUACGGAGGAAAGGGAACGGUGCCCACAAGCCCUUGGACAAAGUUUGGCCUUCGCCUUGGGGCGGCAUCAGUCAUCAUCGGGCUGGCUCUUCGGUGCUGGUGGCAGGGUCUUCAUUACGGCAGUUAUUUUCAUUCAUAG